AUGGUCCUGGCAGCGAGCGGUGCCCCGACACCACGACCCAAGACGUCUGGCCAUGUCGGGCCGUACACGACAAUGUCAGCUGCCCUGAAAACCCAACUCACACAGGACAAAGCAUGCUGGUACUGUCAUGAGACCGCAUCCCCUCCCCACACAGCCACAAAAUGCCCGAAAAAGGCUCGUCAUGCCAAACCGUCCUCACUACAACGUGUUUUUUCCACCAUCGUGCCUCAAGGUCGCGAGCAAGACGACGAUUUCGUCCCGAUGCUCGAAAUAGCCGACUUGUUCGAAGCUGAGCAGUCAGCCAUGCAUGACUGGACAGCAGCAGCCGCGACGCCGAAAGGGCUCUCAGCAACCAUGACACGGAAGGGACCCUCGACCAAACCAGCGCCAAAGGGGGUAUCAACUUCCACUACCAAUUCACGGGAAGGUGCAGCAUUGACAUUGCCAGAAGGAAGCUCAAGGGUGCUGCGCCCUGGUAGGCGAAGGCCAGUCAUCUCCGACGACGAGGAUGACAACGAUCUCGAAGUCCGACCGUCCGCUGCGAAGAAGAAGAAGAAAGCCAACGCACCAUCACCGUCGCCAGCUCCUGGUCAGCCCGAAGACCUCAACUACAUAGGAGCACCAAUAACUCCGAGAGUCUACGACGCAGCACUGUUGGAAGGAAAUCUGGCUAUCAUGGAAGACAAUAAACAAGUGAUACUAAACUAUGCCGGAAAUCGCCUUCGUUAUUAUUUCGAGUCGGAUGCUAUACGUGCAUUGGGGGCACUCUUGAAACAGACUGAAGGUGCAAGGGUGAUAGUGGACGACAUUACUGACCUCAGGAUCUAUCUUUCGGUUAGCUGUGCUCAGGCGUUAGCCGACAAGCACGGACUUGGAGAGGUUGUUCGAUACAUGGUCUCCCUUGGUGUAGAGGGUUCUGCGGAGCGAAGGCUGUUGUCGAAUGUGAAGUGUGGGGCCUGCGGUAUCGUCCUGAUCAUCGACGGCAGCAGUUCGGACUACGCCAAGACACACUCUCAUGUGUCCAGCCACCGGGUGCAGACUCCGAUGGGCGGUGCUGCAGCGAGCGGGUCUUUUGGUGGGUCCUGCAGACCGUGUGGUUUGGUGUUUGAGGGAUCAGUGUCAUACGACCGCCAUCUACGGGUCUGUCGGCGUGCGAGGGAGCAGGAACAAGCGUAG